AUGCUACAACAGCGACAACGUCACUUUGUGACAAUUACGGCUGUGUUCCGAUAUAUUCACUGCAAGUGCUACAAAUCCAUAGAAUACGUGGCAUGAACUAUAAUUUCUCAAACACAGGAUACUAGCGGCUCGUAGCGGAGACUUUGGAACUAACUUACAAAAAUAACGGGUCUAACUUCGACACCUCUUACUUAGACCUGUUAUUGGCUCUUAAAAAUAACAGGCCAAAUCAGACGGAUGAAAAAAUCGCAAUCUGCGUGUAAAUUGCAAAUAAAAGAGAAUAUGCAAAUUGAAGAGGAAGUUUUAGGAAAAUUUGGGACAAGCUGAAUACCGUUUCAACUUCAAACACGCACUGCAGCUGCGGAUCGACCGAUCUUUCGCCUCUCAAAUGGCUCGACUCAGCGACUGAUCGGGAGAAAUUUUAUUUGUCAAUGGCACGAGCGAACAGCAGGUUAUACCGGUUUUAUAUAAUUGCGUACGGACGAUGAAUCGAAAGAGAGACAGAAAUUGACGCACGACCGUCGACGUGAGUUAAAGUUGCGACCAGAAGACCCACGAGCGAAGUGAUGCGAACGAAAGUUCCCCGUCGAGUUCCUCAACGAUCUCUUCACCGCUGCCACCAGCUGCUCCCGUCGUUCUGAUUGCACUCGCUAUCCCGUCGAAUCUCGUCUCAGCAUUGCGUUCAGCAUCACACAACUGCUUUCUACCUUCAUUCGCAUCGUGGAUGUGAAUUAUUGCGUUUCGGGACUGCGUUCUGCUUUGAAACAUGUUGUCUGUAUUAAGAAACUCUUAUCAAAGAAAUGCUCGGCUGAGCGCAAACCACUUUGUCGUUUCUUCCGUGGAGAACCGUCAUCUUCAUACGUGGUGGUCGCGCGAGAAGUUUGUUCAGGAUAAAUUUAACUGCGGACGCUCGCAGCAUCUACUGAAACUGCAAAGAUGCGACUUCCGCACCACGCAGCGCUUGUACAUUCCACCGAUCGUGGCUUAUCUUCUGCGCCCUGUCAUACACAUCGGUGCCGCUCUUAUGGGACGUAGCGUCAAGAAGUGGUGGACACGCAAAUCUAAUGAGGAAAAGGAGAAGUACAAGCAAUGGUACAGGGAGAAUCGCAAUGUGUUGUUGGGCUGUUUUGGACUUUACGGUCUGAUGGUAUUUAUUUACUACGUAAUUCACAUCAAGAUUGAUCCGGUGACGAAACGUUCAAAAUUCAUAAUCUUCAAUGAGGAACAGGAAAAAGAUCUGGCGAAUAAGCUUUAUAAAACUCAACUACAAAUGUUUAAAAGUCAAAUAGUAUCAAGGAAUCAUCCCGUUUACAAGAGAAUCCGAAGGAUACUCGAAAGUCUUGUAACGGCGAAUAGUGAUUUAAAAUCGAUGGAGAAAAUAAAGUGGAAUGUAACUCUCAUCGAUGCAGAAUUGCAAAAUUCAUUUACUCUACCAGGUGGAAAUAUUUUUAUCUCCCUGGACUUGUUAAAGUACGUCGAAAAUAACGACCAAUUGGGAUUCAUGUUGGCUCAUGAAAUGGCUCAUUCAUUGCUCUCGCACGGGGUAAGUAAUAAUGAUAACACGUGUACAAGCAGAAUACACAUUUUCAAACGUAUCGCAAUUACUCCGCAACGUCCGGAGAUAAUCGAUGAUUUCUGCCAACAGCUUGAGAUGUUGUCCGAUCAAUUACUGUUGGACUUUCUAAUAGCAGUACCAAUAUUAUUAAUUUGGAUGAUAUUCCCUGAUAUGGCAGCUGCCAUUGUUCAUACGAUAGUGGAUCGGACGAUAAACAUUAUGCAUCAACUUCCAUAUAACCGAGUUCUGGAGAAGGAAGCGGAUGAAGUAGCGAUGCAACUGUCGGCAAAAGCCUGUAUCGAUGUGCGCGAGGCUGUUGUGUUUUGGGCCACGAUGAGAAUGCUGACGGAGAUGGAGGUUCUGCCGUCACCGGUACCGUGGGUAUCGUCGCAUCCUUCCCACGGCGACAGAGAGAAGAAUAUUAACAACUUGAUGUCGAGAGCGUUGAAGAUGCGAAGCGACGCGGGAGUAAGUUAUUCCGCUCACAUCGUUCGCGUCGACAUCGUUCUUCGUGCCAGCGCGCAUCUUGCAGACCGCUCGGACGUCGCACUGUUACUGUACUUAUUUUCAUUUUCAGUGCCCAACGUUACCCGCGACGGACCCGAGGAUCAAGUUCUACGAACGUUCGACGAGGGAGCAGAUGAUCCGCUUCAGGCAAAGAGGGAUCAUCGUGUGAAUAGCCCGAAGAUACCUCGACUUGAUCGAACCGUUGUGCCUGGUUUAGCGCCCGCUAUAGCCGAGUAUCAAUUACAACAACAUCCGGAGGGAGAUGUUCUAUUUUCAUCGCGGGCGUCGCACUUUUUGAGACCACAUCCGAAUUUCGCAAUGGUAGCCGACGAACGUGUCACGCUUGCUGCUGUUUGAAUACGUGCUGACCAGAUAUGUGCUUCGUAUCUAUCUAUAUAUAAACGUCCGUUUCAGAAUUGUUGAAGGAUCAGUGUUGUAUCUGUAUCAACCAUGUUAUGCGAAUAUCAAAUAUGUGCGAACGUAUACGCCAAUACACGUAUAUGCGAAUUCUCAACUGUUACUUCAUGAGAGAAUUUCGCGCGAAAUUUUGUCUGUUUUCAAGGGCUGUCAAGUGGAAUCGUGUGGGUCGCCUAAAGUGGGUUUAAAAGGAGACUUUUAACUCUUCCUUGAAACUUACCAAAGCAUAAGUUGUGUAAAUAAAUUAACAUACAAACUAUAUUUGACUACAUGACACACAGAUGCGAUAUCGUGCAUUGUAUUACAAGAUCUCUUCACUACUUUUUAGUUACAUACGUUAACGCAAAUUAUUUAAACGUGCCGCGUAAAUUGUUUCAAUCAAAUUAUUUAGUUUUAAUUGCCGUCCCAUCGACUCGACUUCCGUCUCGGAAAUCGAAUUUAUUCUCGGAAAAUGUACGUGCACGAUAGCUGAGAGCGAGAACGAGGGUCUAUACGAUAUUGUAUAAA